CGCCUGCGCCUGCCCGUUCCGUCUCGUCCGUCUCGUCCGCAGAUGCUAACACGAUGGAUUGGGUGGUUUCCUAAUCAGUUUCGGGUUAAAGGCGAUAAGACAUGUCUCCCAACAUGCAAUCCCCCAGCAUCUUCGACGACUCCAGUCGCAGUCCGACCAAGCCGUCGGUGCUUCGAGCGAUCUGGUCAUCCAAGUCUCACAAGCGGAACUCCUCUGCCGAUGACGCCUUUGCCUCCCGGGCCUCCCAUACCAGUCACCCCGGUGGCAGCCCAUACACUCCCGCCGACCGGGCCUACCCUCUCCUGGACCAACACCCGCUGGCUGAGAUAGCCCCCAACCGGGAUUCCACAGACGUUAGUUCAGCCCCGCGAUCACCGGGAAAGCACGGAAAAAACACCUUACACAAGAAGACCAAAAGCGCCGUCUCGCUCAAAUCUUUGAAGAGUUAUAUGGAACGCAAGGAUAAAUCGGACGACCCGCCCGAUGACGAAGCGGCUAACUUGAAACCGAAGAAGGCGAAAUCCGCCAACAGUCUCUCGGCUAUCUUGAAACGGUCCCAACGCGGAAGGAAGGCAGAAGGCUCCAAGAACACCGGCGACAAGGAGAACCGUAGCCCAUCGGACCCAGUCAACAGCAUGCCCUCUCCCGUGUGGCAUCAAUCCGCGACAUCAUCGUACCCGGACCCCUCCGCAGCAACCAGCUCCCACCACAAACGUAGCACUAUGCAAGAAGAGGUUUCGCUUUACAUGCCCAGAGAGUAUGGACCGACGCUGCAGCGCAAUAUCUACGAUUAUCAAAAACCAUCCCUCAGAACUCGCGCGGAUCCCAAGCCCCGUCCAAAGUCAGACUAUCUCGCAGAAAAGCGCAAGGGGAAGGAACUUUUGGAUCCUUUCGGUGGUGUGUCGCCGGACAAGUCGCCUGCCAUCCAGCCCGUGCCUGCAUCGGCAAAGAAGCAUGGAAGACCCCGGGCACAGUCGAGACCGGAAUACCAUCCGCCGGCGGAGCCGAAGCCGGAAUCAAGCCCGAAAAGGGUGUCUCGCGUGCAAGCGGCGAUCUCAGCAUUUAAUGCGAAGGGGCAGGAAGCCGAAGCGAAGAAACCCCUGAACGGCAAAGAGCUCGAGAGCGAGUUCGAAAAGCUCCUAGAUGCCAGGAACAUCCCCCACAACAUGAGAGACAAAAUGCGAUCUUUGGAUACCAAUAUCAAAGCCGACUUCAUCAGGAAAGAUCGAGCAGAAAACACACCACACAGCGCCAGUGCCAGUGGCACCGACAGCACCGGCCGUCGGGGUCGAAGGAAAGAGCAGAAAGAGGACCAACAGAGCCAGGACGGCAAAGGAUCGCGCUCGCGCUCGAGAAGUCGGGGCUUUACCUUCUCCAAGGGCAGCUCGUCGCCGAAGAAACAGCGCCCGGAUAGUGGCAGCUUUUACAGACGUCCGAAAUCGGCUGAUUUUUCGCAACCCACAGGAUUCUCGAAGAUCGGGACCCCAUCGACCUCGACCACCUCCCUUUCUGCGACGGCCUGUGAUACUGCUGCAGAUCCGUCGGACUUUGUUCAUUACCUGAGGGAAAUCCAGAAGCCAGAAAUGGUGGAGGUAGGGAAAAUGCACAAGCUUCGGCUCCUCCUCCGGAAUGAAACUGUCAGCUGGGUUGAUACAUUCAUUGCGGACGGUGGUAUGGACGAGAUUGUGCAGUUGCUUUACCGGAUUAUGAAAGUUGAAUGGAGAGAAGAGCAUGAGGACAAUCUGCUCCACGAGACACUGCUGUGCUUGAAGGCUCUCUGCACAACGUCCAUCGCGCUGCAGCAUCUAAACGAUAUCGAGGACCAGCUAUUCCCUGCGCUGCUAAAAAUGCUCUUCGAUGAUGAAAAGAAGGGCCCCAGCGAGUACACCACUCGUGGAAUCAUCAUGAAUCUUUUUUUCACGCAGCUGUCCGCGGUGUCGUCCGACGAGAUGGCAGCCCGCCGUGCUGCGCGCAUCCUAUCGUACCUACGCGACCCUUCGCCGCCGGAGGACAACCAGCCGCUGAGCUUUAUUGCAAACAUCUACCAAUCGCGCCCAUACCGGAUCUGGCUCAAGGAAAUCAGCAAUGUGACCAAGGAGGUUUUCUGGAUCUUCCUGCACCACCUGAAUGUGAUUCCGAUCGCCAAGGAUGACAAGCCUUACACCAGUUUCCGAGAGCACCAUUUCCCAUCCCCCAGGCCUCCAGUUCCCGCAGCUCCGUAUGUGGGCGGCGUGGAAUGGGAUGCCACCAACUACUUGGCCGCACAUCUCGAUCUCCUUAACGGGCUGGUGGCAUCUCUGGCAACGGUCGAGGAGCGCAACCAAUUGCGAGCGGAGCUUCGGGCUUCGGGAUUCGAAAAGGUGAUGGGCGGGACACUGAGAACGUGUAAGGUGAAGUUCUACUCCUCCGUCCACGACUGCCUGAAGACAUGGGUGGCUGCGGCUGUGGAAGACGGGUGGCCAUACCUAUCGGUUCGCGAGGGUCCUCCCCGGCCUGAGCCGGGAUCCCCGACCAAGUCCCCGACCAAGGCACCGGGAAGCCCCAAGAAGGGUUUCUUGGAUGAACAGCCUCCCAAGCUGGAACUUGCGCUGGAUGUCCCCGCCAGCAGCGGUGCGUCUCCCAGCCCCGCUGGCAUGGGCAAUUGGCUGUAAACCAGCCGAGACGCUCGAGUUGGCCAGAAACUUCGAUAUCGCCUGCUG